AUCAUAACCGCGGCGCAUUGACUGCUAUUCGAAGCGUCAUAAUCGAGAUCGAAUCUGCCCUUACCUUCCUACGCAUCGAUUGAGCAACCUGCAACCAUGGCUACGAACACACCUCUCAGAAUCGUCAUCCUGUUCACUGGCUGGCCCAUUGCAGUCCUGGACUGGUUCGUGUCCGUCAUCACACUGCCAGCUUCUCGAUUCUAAGUUCCACCGUUAACAUGACCGACUUCUUCAAUCCCGUCGUCGCCCAACUCUAUCCCGAUCCAGAAACUUUCGACUUGAUUGUUCUCAGCGGAGGAACGGCAGGUCCAAUGGAUUCUGACCCAUGGGUGCUGAAACUGCAGGACUUUCUUCAUACCACGAUCGACUGCUACCCGCAGCAGAAGAUUGUCAGGGUAUGCUGGGGACAUCAGACCAUAUGCGUUGCAUUCAGAGGAAUUGUCGGGAGCAUGGAUGCUGCUGAGAUCGGGGUCAAACGGAUGAAGUUGACUGAGGAAGGAUGCAAGAUGUUCCCACGCAAUGCGGUUCUCCAUCUCCACCAGUUCCACAGGCGCGAGAUCACGGUUCCAGCGCAAGGUUUCGUGCCGUUGGCGGAAGAACACGAGGCUUUCUUGAACCACACGAACACGAUAUGACGUUCCAAGGACACCCCGAGUUGAAUUGGAUUCUGCGAAAACGUUGUUGGCUGCAACUCGCGCGUAUAUGGAGGUAGAAGAAGUGCAGAAAACCGCGUUGGCGAAGAGCAUGGAGAAUGUGCAUGACGGCGUAUGGAUGUGGAGGAGAAUUCUAUUUGGGUCAGGGAAUGAGCAUUUUACUUCUUUCGCCUGCCAAUUUCUCAUGGACGCCUUUUUAGCUUCAACUCCUGCUUAUCCGGGAAGAGAAGAAGGGCAGAAAAAGUCCCAAGCCAAGACCAUGGGGAGCGUCCAUGAUGGCCUGCACGUCUGGGAGAGCAUUCUUACCCGGGUCACAGAAUGAACAUUCGGCCUUCUUAUACACUACUUUCUCGUAGUU